AUGAAACAGAUGUGCUCAUUCCAAAUUCGUGAUCCUUGCGACUCCGACUCUCCUCAAUCCUAUCACGCAUUUGGUGUGGAUCAUCAGUAUGACAAACAGUGUUUUGUCCAGGAUAAUGUUAUAACUUGCUCAUGUAGAGACGAUCUGUGUAACAGAGAUAUGGAAGUUGUCAUGGCACCGAUUAAACAGUUCGAUCAGCUUUAUGCUUAUCGCCGUAAAUGGCCCUACCGUGAAAGAAAAAACCAUCAGACCGCUUUCGAUGGAAAGCAAGGUUUUGGAAAAUUCAUCUUCACUUACUAUCAUACUACAGCCAUAUCCUAUACUGUGGAUGAAUCUGAUGUCCGUAAUCGGUAUCUUAGUAAACUUGCAGAUAAAUUGAGCAAAACACCAGCUUUUAAAGAGCUCUCAUACACCUGA